AUGGCUGCCAGAAAAGGUUGUGGGCCUGUUCUAGGGUUUCUUGAGGUCAAGCCGAGGAAGAAAGGCUGCUCCUCUCGGAUGUGCAAUAACCGGAAUUUGGGAUGGGAGAGCGAGGGAACUAAGGAUCUGGAAACGGAGAUUUUGGAGUUCAUGAAGGAUUCGGAGAAACCUGGGAUGUUUCCGAGCAAGAAGGAUUUGAUCCGUUCUGGAAGAUUUGACCUUGUGGAGAGAAUCGUAAACCAAGGUGGUUGGCUUUCUAUGGGAUGGGAUUUGGAUGAGCAAAGAGAAGAGGAAGAAGAAGAAGAAGAGAAACUCGAGGAGGUCCGAGUAAACAAGAACGUCAUGCUUCGGGAUUUACAUGUCGAGAAACAGCUCCAUAAUCGUAAACCACAAGAUAUUGAUAAAACCGUAGCUUUUGAUCUUUCCUCAAAUCCUUCAUCUUCAACAGAAGAAGUAGAUGAUAAGAAUGAGAGUGGGAUUGAAGGCAUUUUGACCAGAUUGGAGAAAGAAAGGAAUCUGAGUCUAGGGAUUAACUUGAGCGGGAAAGGGGAAAGCAAUGGUGCCAUGAAUGAUAUCUCCACAAAUGGUUUAGUUCCUCGGUCUUCGGUGAUUGUGACAUCUAGUGAAUAUCAAGAACUCGAUGGUAGUAGAAGAUCAGGGGAAUAUGCACAAAGUAGGUAUCAAGAAGCCAAGUCAGUUUCAGGAACGCGGGGCUUGAGCGAUUCGUCUACAUCAGAAACAUGGAGAACAUGGAGUAUGAGAAGAGCUGGAUUCACUGAUGAAGAUUUUGAAGCUGCUGAAAUAUUUUCCAGUGGUUUGGAUGCUGUGAAGAAGGAUGAUACGAAUAAGGAUUCUGGUGAUAGCGUAAAUGGAAAAGAUAAAACUGCAUCUUCCCCAGAAGAUAUAAAUACAACUCAAAUCAAAAGCCGUCUUCAGAAUCUCCAGUCAGAACUUUCUUCUGUUCUUCAAUCCCUUAGAUCUCAUCCUGAUGAAGUUUUGCCAAGUAAGGAUAGUGAGCUAAAUUCUGGGAGCUUGGAGAACCUCAGUGAUGAUUGGGAGUUCAAAGAGAAUGAGAUCAUAUAUGCCCAGAAUAAGUUACGGUCUACACGGGCGAAGCUGGCUGUUCUUGAAGGAAAGAUGGCUAUGGGUAUAAUAGACGCACAGAGGAUUGUACGUGAGAAACAGAGAAGAAUAGAUCAUGCUAACAGAGCUUUACGGUUGCUUCGAACCACAUCCAUUGUAUGGCCUAAAUCAGCCUCAGAAGUUCUACUAACGGGUUCUUUUGACGGUUGGUCUACGCAGAGGAAAAUGAAGAAAGCAGAGAACGGAGUCUUCUCUUUAUCGUUGAAGCUAUAUCCUGGCAAAUAUGAGAUAAAGUUCAUAGUUGAUGGCCAGUGGAAAGUUGACCCGCUUCGACCUAUUGUUACUUGCGGUGGAUAUGAAAACAAUCUGCUCAUCAUCUCUUGA